CUUUCCGUUAACACAUAUCAAUAGCACGAGAUGAGAGCCACAAUGACAUCAUCGUUACUUACAUUCAACCAGAAGAUUGUGCUGCAUUGCAAGAAACUUCUGGUCAGACUCUCCAGUAGUCGUCGUCCCAAACGCCAUUUCCGGCAUUUGAAACUUAGCAAAGCCUCUUCUUCUUCAUCAUUAUCAUCUGGGAAGAAACCCAACAAAGUGGUGGCUUCAUUCUUCCUUACCAUCCAAAAGAAGAAACAGAAGAAGGAGAAGAUGAAACGGCUUAACGAACUCGAGAGUUUCUCCGGUUCAGCCACUGAUAAGAAGAAGGCUGAAUCAAGAAAAAAGGGAGCAUUCCCAUCUAGUCUCAAGACUUCUUGUCUUCGUCAAGGUAAGGCUCAUUCGCAAAAAGUCUCACAAGAUCAUGAUGCACCUAGAGACAGCACAAGCGCAAUCCUUCCCUGACUAGGCGAGACAUCAUCUGUAUUGCUU